UGUAUUGUAAUUGGCAUGCAAGUAAGUAAUUGACAUGUAUUUGUAUUAGGCUUUUCAUAGACAUGAAUCUCAAGAUUCUUUACAGGGGUACAAGACAACAUACUUGUGGCCUUGCACAUCAUUUUUUACCCCACUUCAUUUUGUUUUUCUUUUUAUUUAAACUCCACCGUGUAUUACACCAAAAAAAACUCAGAGAAAUAUGGACACAAAGAGAAUGAUAUUCUGUCUGCUUUUGGCAGCUAUUAUCAGCCCUGUGUUUACUGAAGAAUGGAGGGCCAGUAUUAUAAAAGAACUUGAUGCCCUGGUCACAUCCUGUGUUGUGGUACCCUGUUCAUUCACCCAUCCUAAAGAGAACCUGUCCACCUCCAGACUCAGAGGGAUCUGGCAUCGUUCAACUGAUAGAGCCCAACGCAUCUAUUACGAGGAUAGCAUGCAGGUCUUGGAAAACUAGGGGCGCACAAAGUUGUUAGGGCAGCUAGGUCAGAACAACUGCUCUUUAGAAAUUACUAACAUUAAAGAUCAUGACAACGGCCCUUUCUGUUUCCGGAUCGAACUAGCACGAACAGAGACUGAUACAUCCACCGUUGACAAGUUCUCCUUUGUGGAGAGUUGCGUCACAUUCAGAAUGCUCCCUGAUCCUCCGAAUCCUACACUGAGUCACCCAAACACGGCCAUUCAAGAUCGUCCCUACACUAUCACCUGUUCAGUCCGCCAUACCUGCCCCUCCCAUGUGCCUAAACUCACAUGGAGUAGAGGCACAGCAGAUGAGGUAAUAGAGGACCACAAGGAAAUGGGUUUGGGCUACUGGGAGGCCCAGUCCAUCCUGACCAUCAUUCCUGAGGAGAAGGAUGAUCACAGUGACGUCACCUGUACAGCUCAAUUUAAUGGACAGAAGACAUCAUCUACAACAUUGACACUUUAUGUAAAACGUACAGAAAACUAUAACCACAUCAUCAUUCCUACAGUGGCAGCGUUUGGUACAGCUGUGAUCUUUGCAGUCUUCUGCAUUUUCAUGGUGAAAAGAUACAAGUGA